AUGUUUCUAGGCUUCUUUGGCGUACUUGAUCCCACCGCUAUGUCGAUCGGUUCUUAUAUCUUGUCGGGCAUCAGCUCAUUCGUGGUGGUGACACUAUCGCUCUUCGCGCUUGGCCAGAAGGUGCCUCGCGCAGCAUUUCUCGCCCGAUGUCUCGCCGCAUAUGGUUCCCUCCUCCUAUGCGCAACCUAUGGUGUUGCCGCGUCCAUCGUCCUCCGCAUUGCGGGCUACGGCCGAAUCUCCCAAUGGGCCACCGCCCGCAGUUUCAAGUGGGUGAUGCGCUUCACCACCGGAGUCUGCUUCGAUAUUGUUGAAGGCGAGGAGCACCUUUCCACCCGUCCUGCCGUCUUUGUCGGUAACCACCAGACUGAGCUGGACGUACUCAUGCUUGGCAAUAUCUUCCCCCCUACUGCAAAGUCUCUGCGCAAUAUUCCCUUCCUCGGUUGGUUUAUGUGGCUGUCUCGCACUGUCUUUAUUGAUCGCGCGAACCGCGAAACUGCUAUGAAGGCAUUCGAUGGUGCUGUGGAUGAGAUGAAAACCCACCAGCAAAGCGUCUUCAUCUUCCCCGAGGGCACCCGGAGUUACUCCGAUGAGGCCAUGUUGUUGCCUUUCAAGAAGGGUGCCUUCCACCUUGCCAUCAGGGCUGGUGUGCCUAUUGUACCGGUUGUUACUGAGAAUUACGCGCAUAUCAUGUCACCUCGUGCCUGGCGCUUCGAUGCAGGCACUAUCAGGGUCAAAGUUCUGCCUCCCAUUGAAACUAAAAACAUGACCUCCGCGGAUGUUGAUCAACUCACCACGUUGACUCGCGACUCCAUGCUGAAAUCCAUUCUGGAAAUGGCACAUACUUUAGAAAACAAGGUCGAGCCACAGGCCAACGGCGUGUCAACUGCAAUCGAGAUCUGA